UAAUUGCAGCAACCACUGUUGCGAGAGAGAGAGAGAGAGAGUGUGUUUUGCAGGUUUGCUGCAGAGGGGGGCUCUGCGUUCUGGCAGGUCGGUUUUUUAACUUUAUCCCCCGUCCUCGCAAAUGGAAUUUGAGUGCUCCGGGUGCGUGCACCCUCCCGAGGUUUCAAACUGCAGACACUGUGGUGGGGCUGCAUGCAUCCGGACCACCCUCGUUCCUCCCCCUCCCUCUCUCGUUUUCCUUCUGUCCUGAUGAAAUAAUUGUCCUUCCCUUCACUCCCUCCUCUCUCUCUCCUCCAUUAAUCCUGCAGUGCAGUUCCCCAUAGUUAGCUUGGCUUCCUUCUCUGCUACAGUUGCAAAAAAUUUCUUCCAUUUUCUUUUUUUCUUUUCUUUUUCCACUGUGGGUGGGUACGCUAAAAAAAAACCUCCUCAAUGGGCAAAUGAAUGUGUUAUAUGUACGCUCAAUUCAAUUGCUCUCUGUUCUAAGGAAUUUUAGAGGGAGAAAGAGAGAGGUAGGGAGAGAGAGGGAGAGAGGGAGGCUGUACCUGUGCCUGUGCCUGAGCCUGAACCUGCCUGACUCUGUGUUGCCAGGGCAGGGUGUGAUGUGAUUGAACAAACAAACAUUAUUGCAUCAAGGGCUUCUGAUUGAGAGUUUGUCCGCACAACGCACAACGCACAACGCACAUGGGUCUUCUUCAAUAUCAACUGGGAAAUUCAUCCUACAAAGAAAAAAACCAAAUCUUUUCUCAUAAAUAUCACUGAGAAGAGAAGAGGGUGCUGAAAAAAAAAAAGCUGUCAAGUGAAGUGAACAUUUACAUGUCGGUGGUGAGAUAACCGGGCCCUCUGUUCCCAGCCUCGGCCCUUCUCUGAUCUUCUUCCUUCCACUCUUCCCAUGUGAAGAACGUGAAGAAGAAGAAGAAGAACAACAACAAAAGGUUUCCUAUCCUUUCCUUUCCUUUUCUCUGACGUUAGAGAAAGAAGCGGCGCGGUCGUUCUUCACUUCACUGACACUGUGAACUGUGAGGGGGAGGGAGUCUGGUCAUGGUGCGUGGAGUUAAGCUCAUUGUCUUCGUGGUCUCCCUGGUCUGCUCCAUCCAAUGUUCGGUGGCCUCAGACGACGGAGCAACACUUUUGGAGAUGAAGAAGGCCUUCAAAGAUGUGGACAAUGUUCUAUAUGAUUGGACGGACUCUCCAUCUUCGGACUACUGUGCUUGGAGAGGUGUCACAUGCGAUAACGUCACUUUUAAUGUCAUUGCACUUAAUUUGUCAGGGUUAAAUCUUGAAGGGGAGUUGUCACCUGUAAUAGGAGAUCUCAAUGGCCUUCUCCAAGUUGACCUUAGCCGAAAUCAGCUCUCAGGGCAGAUUCCAGAUGAGAUUGGUGACUGCUCUUCAUUGACAAGCUUGGACCUCUCGUUUAACAACUUAUAUGGAGACCUUCCAUUCUCAAUAUCAAAGUUGAAACAAUUGGAGACUCUGAUCUUGAAAAACAAUCAGCUGAUUGGACCUAUCCCUUCGACGCUGUCUCAGAUUCCGAAUCUAAAGAUUUUGGACCUUGCGCAGAACAGAUUGAGUGGGGAGAUCCCGAGGCUCAUAUACUGGAAUGAAGUCUUGCAGUAUCUGGGAUUGCGAGGGAACAAUUUGGUGGGCACGCUCUCCCCGGAUAUGUGUCAGCUUACAGGAUUGUGGUACUUCGAUGUCCGAAACAACAGCUUAACUGGCAAUAUUCCUGAGAGCAUAGGCAACUGCACAGCCUUCCAAGUUUUGGACUUGUCUUAUAACCAAUUAACGGGUGAAAUUCCAUUCAACAUCGGGUUCUUGCAAGUAGCCACAUUGUCUUUGCAAGGAAACCGUCUUUCAGGACAGAUUCCAUCAGUCAUUGGACUAAUGCAGGCACUUGCUGUCUUGGACUUGAGCUGCAACAUGUUGACUGGGCCAAUCCCCCCCAUUUUGGGGAAUUUGACUUACACUGAGAAAUUGUACCUGCACGGUAACAGGCUCUCUGGAAACAUUCCAUCAGAACUUGGGAAUAUGUCAAAGCUUCACUACUUGGAACUGAACAAUAACCAUCUCACUGGACAUCUUCCACCAGAGCUCGGGAAGCUCACUGAGUUAUAUGACCUAAAUGUAGCAAACAAUAAUCUUGAAGGGCCGAUACCAGAGAACAUUAGCUCAUGCACAAAUCUCAACAGUCUGAACAUGCACGCAAACAAAUUUAAUGGGACUAUUCCUCCUUCGUUCCAGAAGCUUGAGGUGAUGACAAAACUGAAUCUUUCUUCAAACAACCUCGGAGGUUCCAUUCCAAUCGAGCUGUCCCGGAUAGGCAAUCUCGAUAUUCUGGACAUUUCCGAUAACAAUCUCAGCGGCUUCAUUCCUUCUUCACUCGGUGACUUAGAACACCUUCUGAAGCUGAAUCUGAGCAGAAAUUAUCUCACUGGAAAUAUUCCUGUCGAAUUUGGUAACCUAAGGAGCAUAAUGGACAUUGAUCUUUCCAGCAACCACCUUUCCGGAUUGAUACCUGAAGAGCUUAGCCAGCUUCAGAACUUGUUCUCAUUGAGACUAGACCACAACAAUCUGUCGGGUGAGGUGAUGGUGCUGAUGGACUGUCUAAGCCUGACUAUGCUCAAUGUUUCAUACAACAACUUAGCCGGUUAUCUACCUGCAAGGAAUAACUCCUCUAGGUUUUCUCCGGACAGCUUUAUUGGAAAUACCAAUCUCUGUGGUUAUUGGGCAAAUUCGCCCUGCCAUACUUCUCGUCCAACUGAUCGAGUGACCAUAUCCAAAGCUGCAAUACUUGGGAUUGCACUAGGAGCUCUUCUGAUUCUUCUCAUGAUUCUGGUGGCUGCGUGCCGACCUCAAAGUCCGAUACCCUUUCAAGAUAAAUCGCUUGACAAACCAGUUACUUACUCACCACCAAAGCUGGUGAUCCUUCACAUGAAUAUGGCGCUCCAUGUGUACGAGGACAUCAUGAGGAUGACUGAGAAUUUGAGCGAGAAGUACAUAAUUGGUUACGGUGCAUCAAGCACUGUGUACAAAUGUGUUCUCAAGAACUGCAAACCUGUUGCCAUAAAGAGGCUUUACUCUCACUAUCCCCAGUGCUUGAAGGAGUUCGAGACGGAGCUCGAGACGGUAGGGAGUAUUAAACACCGGAAUCUUGUCAGCCUCCAGGGAUACUCCCUCUCCCCUUUGGGGAAUCUCCUCUUUUAUGAUUACAUGGAGAAUGGGAGUCUGUGGGAUCUCCUUCACGGCCCAACAAAGAAGAAUAAGCUUGACUGGGAAACCCGUCUCAAGAUCGCACUUGGUGCUGCUCAAGGGCUGGCUUAUUUACACCAUGACUGUAGUCCUCGAAUCAUCCAUAGGGACGUGAAGUCAUCAAAUAUCCUGUUGGACAAGGACUAUGAGGCGCAUCUCACUGAUUUUGGGAUUGCCAAGAGCCUAUGCCCGACAAAGUCCUAUACCUCGACUUACAUCAUGGGAACAAUAGGCUAUAUUGACCCAGAGUAUGCUCGCACUUCUCGGCUCACGGAGAAGUCCGAUGUUUACAGCUAUGGGAUUGUGUUGCUUGAACUGCUGACGGGCAGGAAGGCAGUCGACAACGAGUCUAACCUCCACCAUCUGGUCCUAUCGAAGACGGCAAGCAAUGCGGUAAUGGAGAUGGUGGACCCAGAGUUAAGCACCACCUGCGAGGACCUUGGGGCCAUAAAGAAAGUCUUCCAGCUCGCGCUCUUGUGCACGAAGAGGCAGCCCAUGGACCGACCCACCAUGCACGAGGUAACACGUGUGCUAGGAAGUCUCAACCCUCUGCCAGUGGCUGCACCAAAGCAGUUGCCUCCUGUCACCUUGAACCUGACAAAGGCUCCAUGCUACAUGGAUGAGUACGCCAACCUCAAGGCCCCAAACAUGGUGAACUGUUCUUCCAUGAGUGCCUCGGAUGCCCAGCUUUUCCUAAAGUUUGGUGAGGUGAUAUCCCAGAAUAGCGAGUUGGGGAACGUUGAGAAGUCCAGUUGAGCCCGGAUUGAUAGAGAAUGGAGUUGAGGUAUCGAUGUGUACAAGGACGUGUGUAGGGAGCAUGUUAGCUAUGUUUUGCUGACUUAGGCAUGUCGAUCAACUCAAAUUGUAUUGUAGUUUAUAUUGAGCUGUCAGUUGACGCUCUGCAAUGCAAGACUAAUCAGGUCCUGCACGAGGCCUUGGAAUGA